CGCGGCCUCCACCCAACGCCGCCGCCGCCCGGCCAGGUCCUCAGGAGCCCGGCUGGAGCUCCGGCCCGGGGACGCCAGGUGCGCGCGCGGGAGGAUGAAGCCGGCCCUGGUGGACGACACUGAGGAUGUGUCUCUGGACUUCGGCAAUGAAGAGGAGCUGGCCUUCAGGAAGGCGAAGAUCAGGCACCCCCUGGCCACCUUCUUCCACCUGUUCUUCCGAGUGAGUGCCAUCGUCACCUAUGUGGGCUGUGACUGGUUCAACAGCAGUUUCGUGGGCUGCUUUGUCACCGUGUUGCUUCUCCUGGCCUUUGACUUCUGGUCGGUGAAGAACAUCACUGGGAGACUUCUGGUGGGCCUGCGGUGGUGGAACCAGAUAGACGAAGAUGGGAGGAGUCACUGGGUAUUUGAAGCCAGAAAGGUCUCUCCUCAGCACAUGGCAACCACGGAGGCCGAGGCACGGAUCUUCUGGCUGGGCCUCAUCAUCUGCCCACUCAUCUGGAUGGUAUUUUUCUUCACCACCUUGUUUUCCCUAAAGCUGAAGUGGCUGGCCCUCGUGGUCGCCGGGAUCUCACUGCAAGCUGCCAACCUCUACGGCUAUAUCCUUUGUAAGAUGGGAGGCGACAGUGACCUCAGCAAGGUGGCGGCCAGCUUUCUGUCCCAGACAGUGUUCCAGACAGUGCGUGACAGUCCCACACUGAGUGAAGGCCCACGGGGAAUCACAGGCCUCUCUGGGGGACUUGCAGAAACCGGGGCUCGGGCUGGAGAUCCACCAGCGUUAGGAAGGCCUGGGAAUGACUGGUCUGUGGUACAUAUCACACACAGACUUCCGUCAUAUGGUGACUCAGGGGCUCCUUGAGGGAUUUCUGAUGGGCCCCCAGCUGACCAUGUGCGCUGACCCCAGAGCAAACCCCUAGCGUGAAGCUCUGCCUCUGCUUGACUGAGCUCCACUGGAUGGUGAGAAGGGGACAGCUGUCAAAGCCACACCCUCACCCCCUGCUUCCCUCCCAGGCUGCGCAUCCUCAGAGGCAGGCAUCCUAGGAAGGGGCCCCCAUUGGGCUUCCACAGAGCAGCCGUGGCCCUGUCCUGGGAUUUCCGGGAAGCAGGCCACAUGGGCCAGGCUAGAAGAGGUGUUUUAUUUUACAAU